AUGGCGAGGACCCCGGGCCCCAAGUUUAUCUUCAUCCUCCUGCUGCUCGCGGUGCUGCUGGCCUGUGUGUGCGCGGCGCCCGGCGCCUCGGGGCGCGGAGAUUCUCCCUCUCUUCACUAUGAUUUCAACAUUUCUUCCGAUAAACAACCAUGGUGUAUGGUCCAAGGAAAGAUGGAUGAAGAGAAGUAUCUUUUAUAUGACUGUGGCAACAAUAAGGUCAUAUCUAUGAAUCUCCUGAGAGAGGAGGGAAAGGCCAUUCAUUCCUGUGAAGGAGAGUUAGGAACCCUGAGCAACAUGGGAAAUGAAUUAAAACCAUUACUGGCUGACAUUAAACGUGAGAAAUAUGCAGAUGGAGCUCCUCUCACCCUGCAGGUCAGGAUGACGUGCCAUGGAAGCACCAGUGGGUCCUUGGAGUUUUCCUUGGGUGGACAGAGGCUCCUUACCUUUCACUCUGAGACUGAAGAAUAUAAAGCAGAUGAUUCCGAAGGUGAACGGCUGAAGAAGAAGUGGGAGAAAUAUGAUGAUUUGAGCAAAGACUUCAAAAUGACCUUAAAGGGAGACUGCAAGGAAUUGUAUAAAUGCUGGGUACACAGGAAGACAGAGCUGGAGACAACAGCUGCACUGACCACAGUCCCGGCCCCAGCCACAACCACACCUACCAUAGCCUCAGCUGCACCAACCAAGACCACAGAUGGGUUGGAGACCUGGGCCAUCAUUCUCAAUGUAUUUGUGAUUUUCAUCACCCUGAUCAUCAUUUGA